CAUCUUGAGCUUUGAUGUUGUAAAGGUAAUCCAAGAUCUGAAAGACAGCUACUACAACUCUUUUGACAACUCAACCAUCUAACACACUUUUUAAUCAAUAACCCUUUCCAAUUUCGUACGGUACCUUGAGCUUCUAGAGAGGUAUUUUGUGGAUAUAAGAGCGAUUUUACGACUCUUCUAACCAUCAAAAGCGACUUGAGAAACGUACUUUAUUUCUACCACCAGUCUACGUCACGAAAGGGCGACAUCCACCUUGAUAUACACUGUCCAACCUGCCGCUAUGCCAGGAAAAACCCCAUUUAAAGACGGCGCAGAUCCGGUCGAAAACGGAAUCAACGGUGCAAAGAAGGAUGAUGCGAAAAGCUCCUUGAAAGGUGGAAAAGGAAAAAAGACCAAGGAAGGCAUUGAAGAGGAGAUGACAGUCGUCGUACCACCAUCAAAGAGUUCAAAGUUAUCAGCUCCUCCCCAGAAAGAUGUGGACGGAGAUGUAGCUAUGGAUGGCUCCGUGGAGGGGGAAGAGAAUGCAGGUGCUGUUAAUGUUGAUCCGGUGGCCAAGGCUGUUGCAGGUAUGUCAUGCAUUAUCCACCAAAAAUCUACCGGAGCAUCAACCAACAAACACUAACACAUUACGCUUCUUCGCAGAUAUCAAGAGCAAUUUCCCGUUAUUAGAGAAAGCCGUUGCGUUGUUCGAUGCUAGAUACACCCUCCGAGCACUGAGGUCCAUUUCUUCUAUUCGAAAACAUCUUACAGCUGAUAUUUUGGCGCAAGUUAUUACGGAGACUUACCCAACAACAACUCAACAAGCUAGAGCUCUACUCAUCUCUAUUGACAGAGAGAAUGCUACAUUUAAUAAGGCUUCAUCAAGUGAAAUGGAAAUCGAUUCUGAUCCAAAAUCCAUUAAAAAUGGGAAGAAGGAACCAAAAGAAAUCAUUCCAGAGAUCGACAUCUUCUUGGGCAUUCUCGUACAAAGCUUCUUUUUUGAUAAUAAGAUGAACGAGAAGGGAUUUACACUUUCCAAACAUCUCACAACUGUCACUCAUGGGCUCAAUCGCAGAACUCUAGAUUCUCUCUCUGCUCGCGUGUACUUUUACUGGUCAUUGUUUGCUGAGCAAUUAGCACCACUUCCACCUUCUCCAGCUUCACCCGUUGUUACUCUUCGACCAGCUCUUCUUUCUGGUUUACGGACUGCUGUUUUGCGCAAAGACAUCGAUACUCAAUCAACUGUUAUCGUGCUUCUUCUGCGAAAUUACCUCUCUACCUCCCACAUCACUCAAGCUGAUCUCCUCAUCUCGCAUACCAAAUUCCCCGAAAGUGCUUCAAAUAACCAAGUUGCAAGAUAUUUGUAUUAUUUGGGACGUAUCAGGGCUAUUCAAUUGAGAUACACUGAGGCUCAUGAACAUUUGACGGCUGCUACUCGUAAAGCGCCUUCGAGUCCAAGUGCUGCAGGAUUCUCACAAACUGCGACAAAGCUUCUUCUUGUGGUUGAGUUGUUGAUGGGAGAUAUUCCUGAACGUGCAACAUUCCGAAUUGCCAGUCUUGAACGCGCCUUACAACCUUAUCUUAACCUCGUACAAGCAGUACGAGUAGGAUUAAUCGCAGAGUUCGAGGCUGUAAUCACUCAACAUGCUGAAACUUUCAGACGUGAUGGUACAUAUACUUUAAUUCUUCGUCUACGACAAAACGUCAUCAAGACCGGUAUUCGGAUGAUGUCCUUGUCUUAUUCAAGAAUUUCCCUUCGAGACAUCUGCAUACGCCUAAAGCUUAACAGUGAGGAAUCUGCAGAGUAUAUUGUAGCAAAGGCAAUUCGUGAUGGUGUCAUUGAGGCAACUUUGGAUCGUGAGAAAGGUUUCAUGAAGAGUAAAGAGGUUGGGGAUGUUUAUGCUACCAGAGAGCCCGGUGAAGCUUUCCAUGAUCGAAUUCGUGCUUGUCUCGCUCUUCAUGAUGAGAGUGUUAAGGUAUGUUUUAUUUCCUCUACGGUUUUAUGAAUUCGUGCUAAUUCCUAUGAUAACAGGCUAUGAGAUUCCCAAUGAAUCAGCAUCGGUUGGAACUCAAGAAUGCUCAAGAAGCAAGAGAACGCGAACGCGAAAUGGCCAAGGAAAUUCAAGAUGGCGACUUGGAUGAAGAUGAUCUUGGGGGAGACUUCGAAGGCAUGUAAGAUGAGAACUAGGAAUUGGAAGGGAAGGAUUACGAAGAUGUAUACAAAUCUGGGUGCAAAUGCAACUUUGGCAUGGGAUGGUGAAGCGAGGGGAAGAUUUGGUUUGGUGGCACUUCAUAACCACAACUUGUUUUGCUACAUUACCUCUUUUCCCAACUGGGAUUUCUGUUCAUGGAUUGCGAAAAUUACGAACUACAUAUGGUUCGAGAUUAGGACAUGAAUGAUGGAGAUCCCGCUGCUACAUUAGUUUUACCUUUCUUAUCCGCAACCUGAACUCUCUUUGCAUACGAUGUGAUGCAAUUGCACCGAUCUAUAUGCAGAAGCUGGCUGGGUGGUAAUGACUAGAGUGUUAUUUUUGUACACAAUGACAAUUUAGCUGAUUCAAUAUGCAUGUG